AUGAGGUUCAACCACGUAUUAAUGGUGCUCACUUCGGUGGCGUUCAGUUGUGCUACGGGAAACUUGCUUUGUUCCGAGGAACAGUUUAACGGUUUGGGAGGAUCGUUGCCCAGUCCAGGGUCUCCGUCAGAGUACUCGAGAUGCGUUCAGGGUGCAGUGCAUACAGUUCCCUGCGCGAACGGUCAGUACUUCGAUGCGCACGUGCAAAAGUGUUUGUCUGAGCCGGUUGUGCAAGAAAUCCGAUGGGAAGCAUCCUUCCAGUUUGAGGAACUGUGCAACAACCCGAACGCUGUGGAAAUUUUCCCCAAUCCUACCAACUGCUCACAAUACAUCAUCUGCUACGGGUUGGUACCGAUCGAGCAAAACUGUGGCUAUGGAUUGCUUUUCAAUCCGCAGCUCAACACAUGCGAUAUUCCGACCAAUGUGAUAUGUGGAUACAGCUGUCCGGCGAUAGAUGAUCCCCUCAACCCGGUAUGGCUGCCGGAUUCCAGAUUGGAGGACUGUUCGAGGCACUAUCUGUGUUUUCAGGGAAACCCACUCCAGUUCUACUGCUCCAACAAUCUCUACUUCGACAUAUUAUCACGAACCUGCACAUAUCCACAGUAUUCGGCAUGUAGCGUGCCCGGUGUGGACUGCAGCGCAAAUACGACUGUGAACGUUGCAAACCCCAGAAGCUGUACCUCGUACUACGUGUGUGAGGAUGGAUUUCCUCACUUUAGGAAUUGUGGCUUCGAAGAGUACUUCUCGGAGGCGCUCGGUGUGUGCAUUCCCGGUACAUGUGAACCGGGCACCACCACAACUUCUGGAACGACAACGAAUGAGCCUAGCACAACGACCGUCUCGUCCGAGACGACGCCAUCAUUUGAAUCCACAACUGCUAUCGAAUCUACGACCACCCCAUCGGAACCGGAAUCAACCACCCUUGCUCCUACUACACUCGAGCUUACAACGUCUGACGUUCUGAGUACUACUACAUCUACCUUUGAAACAACGUCUGAAGCUAUUACGGACUCCACUACCAGUACUGAGUCUUCUACUCAGGAAAUUUCAACGACAACAACGGAGACAUCUACGUCGGAGUUAACCGAAACAACCACGGUCGAGAUGACAACAACGUCCACCGAUUCUACAACUACAAUGCCGGAAAGUACUACCGCAGUAUCUCCAUCUACCGUUGAAACAACUUCUGAAGAUAUUACGGACUCCACUAGCAUCGACAUCAGUACUGAGUCUUCUACUCAGGAAAUUUCAACGACAACAACGGAGACAUCUACUUCUGAGUUAACCGAAACAACCACGAUCGAGAUGACAACAACGUCCACCGAUUCUACAACUACAAUGCCGGAAAGUACUACUGCAGUAUCUCCAUCUACAACAGAAACAACGUCUGAAGAUAUUACGGACUCCACUACCAUCGACAUCAGUACCGCGUCUUCUACUCAGGAAGUUUCAACGACAACGACGGAGACAUCUACGUCGGAGUUAACCGAAACAACCACGGUCGAGUUGACAACAACAACUACGGAGAUGGUUACCAUCGAUCCGAGCGAAGUUUGUGCAGGACUUGAUCUUGCUUUUCUACCCUACCCGGGUAGUUGCAUCAUGUACAUCGUCUGCCUCCUCGGAAACGGCGCUGUGGCGUCGUGCGCGCCAGGGCAAAUAUUCAACCCCAACACAAACACCUGUGCGCCGGGCAAUCAAGAAACUUGCACUUUCACCUAA